AUGUCCGACCGGCGAACCUCAAUCACCGGCCAGAUUUCUCGGACAGCUAGGAGAUUUUCUGCCGCUAUCGCACCACAACUGGCGCGUCUUGACCACGUCGGAGUGCUCGAUCACGUCGAAUGUGUGGACAUCAAAGUUGUGGAUAUAGUACAGAUAGAAGAGGCCUGUCAACAGUACGUGCUCCGAAAUGCUGUGAAUUUUCACCCGAUCGACUUUGACAUUGUCAACGCUUCAAGUACAAAAAUUAUGCGUGCCACCCUAACGCCCGAGGAGAUCGUGCUGAUGGAGGGGGCCAAGCGGGUACUGUCGGUCGAAUUGAACGAGGAUGAUGGGCCAGCCAGAGUCAGGCAUCCGCUUUCUGGCUUGAAAAUCUACGAGUUUAUUGACGUUGGACCGAGGGUCGACAUCCAUUCGGCUGGAGAUGUUCUCGACAAGUGCAGCGUUACCCACGAGCCAGUGCCCUGCAGUUCAUUGUUGCUGAUGACUGGCUGCUUAUUUACCAAGGAGGAAUAUGUUAUCAGAAAAGAAGAAGAUCCGCUUGCACGUGUCACGCCAAUAGCAUCGUAUUUUCAGGAAAACCACUUUCGAGCAACAUGGCUUGCGUCAACCGAGGCUGAUAUUAGACUGAUGACAGUGAUCUGGGCAAUAUUGGCGACCAUCCGAGAGGGAUUCCCUCAUCUUCAUACCAUUCUGAAAGAAUACCACUCGCGACAUAUC